CCGAGCGACGGCUGCUGAGCAGACGAUGGCCUGCAAGGAGACGUUUAAUAGGAUCGGCAGGCAUUAGCGGUAAGACGCUGCCAGCAUCCAGGUUUGCCAAAUCCACCGUGUGCCACUCUGGGAGGUACACAGAGGUGGGUGGGAUUUUGUGGACUUUUUCAGCACUUUUUUGGAAGACAAAUAAGAGAAGAACAGCCUCGCCUUUUAUCCUCCUUCCCCGACACCCCCCCGGUAAAGACUGGGAGCCCGUCGCUGCAACCAUGGUGGUGAUGAAGAUGAAGUUCCCCUUUCAGAAAAGGGUGAAGCUCGCCCAGGGACUGUGGCUCCUCUCCUGGUGUGCCACGGUAGCGGGGGCCAUCACCUUCACCCUGGGGUGCAUCCUCAAGACAGAACUCCGCAGGAGGGCAGAGGUCAUGGACAAUGCAGACAUCCACAUCGUGCCCAACACCCUCAUGAUUGUCGGUCUGGCCUCGUUGGGGAUCAACUACUUUGCAUCGAAGAUCUGUCAAGACGCUCUGGAUGCUGGGCGAUUUCCUCGCUGGAAGAACUUGCUGAAGCCCUACUUUGCCGUGUCGUGUUUCUUCACUGUCCUCAUGCUGCUGGCGGUCAUCAUGAGCUACGCCAUGAAGGGCAGUCUGGAGUCUUCUCUGAAGGUCGGCCUGAGGAACGGCAUCCGCUUCUACAAAGACACAGACACCCCGGGCCGCUGCUUCCAGAAGCAGAACAUCGAUCGGCUGCAGAUGGAGUUCCAGUGUUGCGGCAACAACGACCACAGGGACUGGUUUGAAGUGCAGUGGAUCAGCAAUCGCUAUCUUGAUUUCAACUCCAAGGAAGUGAAAGAUCGCGUCAAGAGCAAUGUGGAUGGACGUUACUUGGUGGAUGGAGUCCCAUUCAGUUGCUGCAACCCCAGUUCUCCUCGCCCGUGCAUCCAGUAUCAGCUCACCAACAAUUCAGCUCACUAUAACUACGAGUAUGAGACAGAGGAGCUGAACAUCUACCUACGGGGCUGCAGGGAGGCUCUGGUCAGCUAUUACAUGGGCCUGAUGAACACCAUCGGGGCUGGAGUGCUGUCAGUCUUCCUCCUGCAGGGUUCUGUGCUGGUGAGCCUGCGCUUCCUGCAGACCUCCAUGGAGGCGCUGGUCGGGAAGGAGAACACGGAAAUCGAGACAGAGGGAUACUUGCUGGAGAAAGGAGUGAAAGACACCUUCAUGGAGUACUUUGACCCUGUGCUCAAGUUCCUGCUGCUGAAGAACCAGGUGCAGGAGGGCACUAAUGCAGGCGCUGCAGCUUCCACUUAGACACAUGUACAUCACACCUUCUCUGAAGCGGGAGACAUCUUCUAUUCUACGUAUGUUUUGAAAUGGUUAGUUGUAGGUGAAAUGGAAAGUGUUGCAUUAUUGAGGUAUAGUGAUGAUACAAUGAAUACUGGCUAACGUUCUGUCUGUUCUUGAUGGAUAGAUACUAGAUAGACACUAGAUAGAUACUAGAUAGACACUAGAUAGAUACUAGAUAGAUACUUCAUUUAUCUCCAAGAGAAAUUCCCGUUUCCAGCAGCUCUGCAACAGUGUCCUAAUAAACGUGAUCACCUAAAAAUAAAGCAAACAAAGCGGAAUAGGAGAGUUAAGAAAAAUCAAAUAGAAUAAGAAACAAAUCUAUCGGUGGAGCAGGGCAGUGAUAGUAAUCUGCCACUGAAAGUGCUCUUCUGUCGGGAGAUGAUGCUGUGCGUUGGGGAUAUUGGAAAAAAAACGGACACAAAAACCUGACGGGAAUAUCAUUUUGGUGUCCUCCGCCAUCAUCGCGUUAAUUAGCUUGGGAAGCGCCUUGGACUGCAAAGCAUGAAGCCAGGCUAUGGUUAGGACUCCACGUGAAUAAACCCUCAUUAUCUAUUGAUACCUAAAAAUCACGACUGCUGUGACGGACAUGAAUGUUUUGUGAGUGCAAGGUUUGAUUUUCAUGAACUUAACAUUGUACAAUUACAUUUUUACUAGGGCCGCCAAAAAUAACGCAUUAACGGUGGUAACUCAUUUAUUUCAUUAAUUACGUGACAUUUUUGAGUGUAAUUAACGCAUGCGCACCAGAGCAAGCACGCCUCUCUGUUACGUCUGAUGCGGUCUUCUAACGUCACUGUGACCUGAACACAUCAACAGCAGUACAAUACCAACACCGUACCACACGGCUCGAGUCCCUUCAUCCUGGAACCACAUUUCCUCAUUCUCAUGACCAGAACGCCAGAUGCAUUCAGGGACACUCCGAACAUCACAAAAACAGCUUUACAAUGCGUGUGUGUGUAAAUAAACAGGAAGUGGAUAUUCUUAUCACUCACUGUGUAACUCUUAAUUGGGAUGUACAAUUUGCUCCAUGUAAGAAUAUGACGUGAUGUUUUUGAACGCAACCCCUCAUUGCUCAUGAUAACACGCUUUAAAGUGUGAUUCAGAUGUUCUGCUGCUAUUAAAGAGACUAGUGUGAGACAAAUAGAUUUGAAGACAUAUUGAGUUCAUUUGGAGCGGUUAAAACAUACAAAUAUCUAUCAUCCUGUCCUGGCAUUUAUCUUUCUCUUCAUUAAGUACAGUAAAAAUGGGCAUAUUUCACACAAAACUGUGAUUAAUCUGAUUACAAUUUGUAAUCAUUUGACAGCCCUAGUUUUCUUAUGAUGUGGCAGUGAUUGCACACUGCAAAAAAAUAAGCACGUUUUGAGUGCACCUCUGCUUUUAAGUCUGGUUUGGAGAACGUGUCAAAUACUUUUGACACAGAGAGCGCAAAAUUCUAAUUAAAAAAAAAACUAUUGUUUUCUUUCUAGAAAGAUAAAUAUGUGCAGGCAAUUACCAAAUUAUAUACAUGUCUAAUUAUAAUAUUAUUGCAAUUUCUUAAUCAAAUUGUACAAACUGAAUUGUCAUCACUGCAACAUUCCAGCAACAGAUGGACAACAGUCGUCAUUACUGCAAAAUUGAAUCCAUAAAAAGUAUUUUGCCUCAUAUUACUCACAGCCCUGGGAUGUGUUUGCAUUUACACAGAAGCACGAAACCACGAUGAGUUUAUUUAGAGUGACAUGAUGCACAAACAGAAUAAUAGAGUGCAUGUCACAGUUCUUUUAUUUAUAUUUGAAGGUUCUAAUUGCCUCCUGUAUGGGACUCACUUAUUGCUGCUUUUUCUCCAACAAACUGGAGACUGUGUUAACAGUUCUUUUUAGCACUGAGCAUACAAACAUGCCACCCAUCAUCGCAGCUGCUCCAAGACAGUCAUCUUAAUCCCUGCCUGUCUGACUCCGACUCAGAUUAGCACAUCUGAUUAAACAGCAUCAGUAAUACACUGAAAUCCAUUAACAGCGUCCUCUAUUCUGACACCUUUGUUAAAGCUGUUAAUCGCAUGUGUUAAUCCUCAACCUGCUGCACCUGCAGUCUCAUGGGGAAGGUGCAUGGAAGGACCGGAGCAUUCCACAAAGGUGAUGUAUAGUAAAGUCCUGGAGAAACAAAAGUAACACAGUAAUAAUGAGACAUGUUGAUUUUCUGAUGAAGAGAAACAAAAAAUUAUAUCUGUUUAGUGGGAUUGAUCGGAUUAGUGAUCAGGACAGUUUCUUGUGCAGAAAUUGAACACAAGCUGCAUAGUACAGUGUAAUGCAUUAAAAGACAAUUGACUGAA